AUGACCACAUCCAUGAAGAUGGACAUCGAUCGGAAUCGCAUGUCCGAGAGGAUACUAAACCUCACCCUGGAGAUCAUCUGCCUGCUGACCAGAGAGAGAUUUCCUCACUUGAAGUCUGGUGACCAUGUGACCAUCACAGUGUAUCCGCCUCAUUCCGCGACACCGGAGAAAAACUGCAAUAAGAAGAUUCUAGAAGUCACCAAGAAGAUGGUGGAGCUGCUGACGGGAGAGUGUAACAACCUCGAGGAUUAUACUAUCGUUGUUAAAGAAGAAUACGAAGAUGAGGAUGAGGAGUACGGGGUGAUGAAGGAGGUUUCUGAAGGACACAUGGACCUCUACAGGGACAUUAUGAUGGAACCAUCUAGUAAGAGGAACCCACCAGAGAGAUGUCCCCGUCCUCUGUAUUCCCGGGACUCCACCCAGGAAGAUCUCACCAUCCCCCACCAUGAGAGAUGUCCCCAUCUGAUGAAGAUGAAAGUUGAGGGUGAAGUAGAAGAGACGUAUGUGAGGGAUGAUCAGCGAUAUACGGAGGAGGAGGCCGGGAUGAUGAGGACGUCCAUAGAGGAGGAUGGAACGACGAGGAUGUCCACAGGACACGCCAUGGAGGAACCCUCAAAGGAUCGUCUGACUUUAUCUCCAGGUUGUAAGAUGGAAGAUGAGGACAUCACAGCAGAUUGUGCGGGAGAAGAGACAAUGAGCUCAGCUAUGGAUGAUGGACCUCACAGUGUGGAUAGACCAUGGACUCCCUCUGACUCUGAGAGACCUCGUCCUGUGGGGGAUGGUGCCGGAAUUCAGGGGAAGAAGACAUCUUCCUGCCCUGAGUGCGGGAAAUGUGUUUCACACAAGUCUUGUCGUGCUAGACAUAAGAAAUUUUACACGAGUGAAAAUUUAUAUCCCUGCUCUGAGUGGGAAAAGUGUAUUUCGCAGGAAUCGGACCUUGUUAUACGUGACAUUUCUGACACAGGUGAAAAGCCGCAUCGCUGUCCUGAGUGCGGGAGAAGCUUUUCACAGAAAGCAGAAUUUGUAAUGCAUCAAAGAUCUCACUCGGGGCAGAAGCCAUAUUCGUGUCCUGAGUGCGGGAAAGGUUUUUUACAGAAGUCAUGUCUUGCCAGACAUCAGAGACUGCACACGGGUGUAAAAGUGUAUUCCUGCCCCGAGUGUGGAAAGUGUUUUCCAUGUAAAUCAGACCUGACCACACAUCAUAGAUCUCACACGGGCGAGAAGCCGUAUUCCUGCGGCAAGUGCAGGAAAUGUUUUUCACAGAAGUCCCAUCUUUACACACAUCAAAGAUCCCACACCGGCGAGAAGCCGUAUUCCUGCGGCGAGUGCGGGAAAUGUUUUUCACAGAAGUCCAACCUUACCCAGCACCAGCAACGCCACACGCGGAAAAGGCCGUUUUCCUGCCCCGAGUGUGAGGAAAGCUUUCAGCUGAAAUCAGAACUCCUCUCACAUCGGAGAUCGCACGCGGAGGACAAACCAUAUCACUGCCCCGAGUGCGGGAAAGGUUUUACACGGAAAUCAGACCUCGUUAUACAUCAGAGAUCUCACAGAGGGCUUAAGUGA